AAAAAAAAAACCAAUCAGAAAACUCUCAAGAGAAAGAUUUGUGUGCUAGCUGUGAAGUAAAGAUGGCAAUGAGAAUGAAGAAGAGCUCAACAGCAUCAACCUGUUGCGUGUGGCUUGUGAUGGGUUUGAUGGUGCUGCUGAUUGUGUCAACAGAGUUUGGUCAAGUUGAUUGCAGAGCCCUUCGAUCAGCAACAAGCGACAGCGGCAGUGAUGGGGGAUGCAAAGGAGUUGAUGGGGCUGAGGAGGUAGGCAUGGCUAGCUUUGCUGUUUCUUCUAACUACAACUCGAGCACUGCUCGUCGUCCUUCGGUGAGGAGCUUGGCGUUUAGAUUGGCCUCUGGACCUAGCAAAAAAGGCCCUGGCCAUUAGCCUAAUUGCAGCCUCUCUCUCUCUCUCUCUCUCUCUCUCUCAUUCUUUUGUUCUUGUUCAAUUAUUUUCCAUGUUCAUGAUGCACAAAGAUGUGACACAUUGGAUAUUGUUUUUGAUCCGCCUAAGGAUUUUCAUACGUACAUGUAAUUUUUCAGGCUUAGUUGGUUGAUGCUAAAGAAUAAAAAUUAAUAUUUCCCAAUUGCUAAUGUUCUUGGUUU